UUUUCCGAGUUUCAACACUUUCAACUGACAUGAGUCAAACUAAGCGUUUGGACGCCUUUUCUAUUAAAUACCAAUGUGGAUAGAUGCUGAGCUUAGGGCACAGUUGACUUGGGCUUAAAAUCUAUUCGUUAGCAUUUCUCCAUGUAGCUAGGCGUGCGUUGUGUCAAAAUAUAACCUUAUAAACUUCAUCUAUUUAUUAUAUGAAAUUUGGAAAUUUUCAUUUAUUGUAGUAUUUAUCAGCGUAAAAACUAGAAAUAAUUUUAUUUUAAUGUUUUUACCACUGGCAAAUGUUGAAAAGUAUUCAAGAAAUUAAUUUGUGUUACAUAUUGGUUGAAGAUGGCAAGUAUUGAUUCUAAUGAAAAAUUAAACCAGGAUCCAGAUUAUUAUUUACCAUUAGAUAAUGAUAAAAACCAACAAAGUGUACGUGAAGAAAAUGCACGUAGUACAGCUGAAAAAAUAUCUAAAAUUUUAGAAACUGAGUUCUCUAAGGAAAUAGAAACUAAAAAAAAAGAGGUUUUCAAAAUUUAUGAGACCCUUCACAAAGCUUGUAAGGUAUUUCAUUAUUUACGAUUUGCAAUAGUAACAGACUAUUACAAUCAAGAACAUCUUUUUGCUGAUAACACAAAACAAUCACGAUUGCAUCCAACUGUUAAUGCUCCAAGAACAAAAGUCAAUCUGAAAAUUGAUUGCGAGAAUGAUUGUUUUGUAGAGACUAAUGAUGAUAACAAACCAAAGAGAAAAAUUGAAAGUGAAUCCAAUAGCCUAGAAUCUGAUGAACCAAAAAAAAAAAUUUUCAAAAAAGAUGUAGAGUUACUUUCUUCCAGUAACAGAAAAACAAAAAUAAGAAUAGUGGUAGGCAAUUAUUCAAAGUGGAUUCCUCCUCAUAAUAGAGAACAAAAUGAUGCAACUCAUAAAUGGACUUUGUAUGUUAUAGAUAGUCAAAAAAGUGAUCUUGGAAAUUUUGUGUCAAAAGUUAGAUUUUUCUUACACCCUAGUUAUCAACCUAAUGAUGUCAUUGAAUUAACAUCAUCUCCAUUUCAUUUGUCAAGACUGGGAUGGGGUGAAUUCCCCGUAAGAGUUCAACUGCAUUUUAAAAAUAAUCGUAAUAAACCAGUAGACAUUAUUCAUAAUUUAACUUUAGACCGUACAUACACAGGAAUACUAACGAUCGGGUCGGAAACAGUUGUAGACAUUUGGUUAAUUACUACUGACAGAUUUGUACCAUUUGUUGAUGAUACAAAUAAUGAAAAUAAGAAUAAUAAACUAAAUGUUCCUUUAUCUAUAAAAGAAAACAAAUAUGAGGAUUUUUCUUUAACAAUCAAAGGGGAAAAACAAGAAACUGAUCUUUUUAAACAAAAUGAUAAUGAAAAUGUUACAAACACAAUUAUUGCUCUUAAAGACCAUGACUACAUUAGAACAAACUUUAUUCCAAUAAAGUUAGAAAAUAAUAAAGAUACAUCAACAAAUUCGUCAAUUACCUUCAAAAAGAAUAACAAUAAAAGUUUAUUGAAAAAUGCAAUUACAGUAUCUAAAGGAAAUGUAUUCUCAAGUAAUCAAAAUCAUAAUUUUUAUGAAUUGCCUUUGAGCACCAACAUAGAAACAAGUGUGAUAAAUAGUAAACAGAAUUUCAACAAUGAACAAGCAAAACCAGAAAAUUUGUUUAGUAUCCUAAAAUUAUUAAUUCAGAGAAUCCCUUUGAUCACUGAAAAGUCCAAAGAUUCACAUUAUAAAUCACUGUUUCCUUAUGCAUGUGAGAGUUAUCAAGUUUUUAGCAAUUUUUCAUCUGGAAAGCAACAUGCUCUAGAAAGGUAUCAAGCUCUUCAUGCUCUUGAUAUAAUGAAAGAUAUCGAAUGUUUUGAGAGCAGUUGCAGUGUUUAUGAAUUCAUGAUAUGGGCAAGAAGAUAUGGCUAUACUCCAGUAUUGAAUUUCAAAACUCUGAAUCAGUUAUCUGCAACAAACAAAGCAAUUAAUGUAGAAGAAGUUAGUACAAAGUAUGAAAACACAGCAACGAUUUCUACAGAAUUAAAUGAUUGGCUGUUGACAUGUCAAAAUAUCAAACCUAGUUAUAAAGAAGUGUCUAAUGACAGUGAAGAUGAGAUUGAUAUUAUCAAUAUUCCAUCAAAUGCUUCUAAUCAAUUGUCACAUUAUAAAUAUUGUAAAGCUCGUAAAACUACUCUGAUUUUACUGAACUAUCCUCAAGAGUAUCAUUGUUUAAAUGAAUUUGUUUAUAAGAGUGCUGAACAAAUAGGAAUAAAAUUAUCAAAUGAAGAAAUUAUUCCUGGAGUGUCACAUUCUUCGGCUACUCUAGUCAUAACAAAAGCUCUGGUGUGUUUGGUGGAUGAACUUGUUAGAUCUGCUUUAGCUUGUGCUAUAGACAAGUGUAACGUGGAAAAGAAUUUUGUUGAUUUUAAAGUCGAAGUUGAUGAUGUUCAUAAAGCUUUAUUAAAAAGAGAAGAAUUUGAUAUUUUUACCAAUUCUGGUUUAGGGUCAGAGGGAUAACUUAUUUGCAGUACUACAGAAAACUGGUAUUUUAAUAAAUGGUUUAGUCAAAAAGAUAAUAUUUCAUUGUACAUAAAAGCAUGUUGAUUAGCUUACUAUCAUUAUGAUAAUAAUAUAAGAUGUUGAAAAUUUUCAAAGGAUAUUUUUUUAUCAUCGCCAAAAACAAAAUGCAAAUACAGAAAUAGUAAUUCUU